AACCAGGAAGAUCAACGGAUCAUGAAUUGUAAACAACAUGUAGAGAAGAGGAUAGCGCACAAAGUGAACCUCUAAACAGAUUUAUUUGGACUUCAGAGAGUCAUGAGCCGAUGUUCAACCAGUUCGGCAGCUCGCAGCUUCAGCUCAGUCUGCAGCCCGCAGCCCUCUUCUUCCUCUGUAGCUCAGAUGUUCAGCACGUUGGACACUGCUGCGGAGCAAAUGAUGGUCCUCAAAGACUUCCAGGUAGCUUUUGACACGUGCGAGAGAGGACUGGAGAGCCUCGCUAACAUGGGGCACGAGGACAACAGAUGUGCAGAGCUUAAGGCUGGCUUCUGCAUCUUAGGGAUUCAAGCUCUGGCUGAGCUGAAUCAGUGGCACGGUGUCCUCUCAUGGGUCCUUCAGCAGUACGAGCACCAGGAGAAAAUACCAGCUAAAAUAAUGCAGAUGUGCAUACUUCUUUACUCUAAAGUUGGAGAGCCGGCAGCGAUGCAGGAGGCAGCCAGAGUUUGGUUACACUGCCCGUCCAACUGCAGAGUCACGGGGUUUGGGACGGUGGCGGAGCUUUACCUGCUGCACGUCCUCGUGUCUUUGGGGCACAGAGACGAGGCUCUGGAGCUGAUCCUCGGUGAGGUCGGAGGCGUUGCGUUCACAGAAGAGCAGAGGCAGACAGCGCUGGAUGUUGUGGAAGAAAAAGAGCGAGAGAGUCGAGAAACAGCUCUAAGAAACAGCUCUGAGAUCACUGCGCAUCCCGUCUCGCCUCACGGAUCUGUGAUCCGUAAAUGUGAAGCCAUGCUCAAGUUUUUAUACAGAAAACUGAUGGGGACCGGUUCUGGCUCGUUCCCUCUCCGGAGAGUCUUUCUGGCCGCCGUCCUUCUCUACAUGCUUUUUCUUCGAAUGGAUCCAGCUCUGCCAUCUUCAUUCAUGUGGAUUUCCAAACUUCUUGAGCUGCUCAGACAGAUGUGGCGUGCCAUGUUUGCACCGUACUAUCAGGCUCUCAGUCAGAGCAAAGGACUAUAAUAUAAUUAAAUUAAUUACUUUUUAGUUAGAAC